AUGAUGAACCUGACGCCUCUGCUGCUUCUGCUGCUCGUCGGCUCUCUGCAGCUGGUUUCUGGAGCUCCUGAGGGCUCUAAUUCAGGCCGCGGCAGCUGCUGUCAAAAUACCACAAGAGUAAAGAUUCCUCUACACAGAAUCACAUCUUACAGCUGGACCAGCAGUGAUUGUCCCAUCAAAGCAGUGAUUUUCGAGACGAUUGUAGGAAGGCAGAUCUGUGUGGAUCCUAAAGCUCCUUGGGUAAAGAAUCAUGUGAAAGCGGUGGAUCUUAAACUGAAAUCAACAACAACCAGCAGAACCAUAAAACCCAGCACCAGCUCAACAGCCAUCAAAAACUCAUCACCAAGCACCAGCUCAACAGCCCAGACCACAACUUUAAAACCAAACUCAACAAACUCAAACAUUUAAUAAGUUUGUAUCAGGAACGUUGUGUCUUGUAUACUUUACACAUUUUUAAAAUCUGUAUAAAUGUUUAUUUGAUUUAUCUGUGGAACGAUAUUUAGAUUUCAGACUUUAUUUUUAUAUUUAGACUGUAUUUAUUUUUUUGUUUU